GACGUAAUUUUUGGAAUCUCAUGGUAUUCUGUUAAGAAAUUUUACAUUACGUCUUGAUAAGUGGAGGGAGGUAACCUAGUGAGUUGUUGUCUAUUAAUAUCGUGACAAUUGACUCAUUUUAUUUAUAAAAAGAGUUAAUUGUCAAAUUUAAAAUUCUUAAUUGUCAAAGUUUACAUUUAGUAAACAAAUAACGAAUAUUUCAUAUUUGAUUUUUGUUGAACUUAAAGAUUAAUUAAGGUUAACUAAAAGGUAAAAAAUAAUUAUGUAAGUUUUCAGAGAGAAGCAAAAAUCUUGUUUCUAAUUAUUGUAUUGAUUGAAGUCUAAUAUAAGUUUAAGUUUUAAUUUUAAAACAGAAAGAAUUACGUUGGCAACGACAGCUUUUUAGGAAACUCUUAAGAUUUAUUAUUGUAGAGUUUCAAAGUGUAAGGAUACAGAGAUCUUUAAAAUAUAAUUGUACUUUUAAUAUGGAAAGAAGAGCCCAUCCGUCGCAAAAUCAGUUGGAAAUUUUAUUGAAAUUUUUAGAAGAUCAGCCUAGUUUAGCAAAAGGAUUUUCAAAAAUAGCCUCAGCUCGACAGCAUGCUCACGGCGAGUGGUCCAAGUUAGCUUUGAAACUAAAUAGUGAAGGGAGUGGCUGUGUUAAAUCUCCGAAAAGAUGGAUGAAGUAUUGGAGUGAUAAAAAGAGUGCAGUUAAAAAAAAAGCAGCCAUAAGGACUGGUCAAAGACGUCAAACUGGUGGUGGUAUAGCAGAGAUAGUGCACUUAACUGAAUGGGAAGAGCGCAUUAUUUCUUUAAUGGGGGGUGACAGAUUUUAUGAUGGAGAUCCUUCACUUCGAGUUCAUCCAUUUUCAGGCCCAACCAGUAGUUCCUCAGGCAGUAUUAGAAUUUUUACACCACCGCAUAGUAUUGCACCAGUAACUUUAAUUGGCCCAACCAGUAGUUCCUCAGGCAGUAUUAGAAUUUUUACACCACCGCAUAGUAUUGCACCAGUAACUUUAAUUGGCCCAACCAGUAGUUCCUCAGGCAGUAUUAGAAUUUUUACACCACCGCAUAGUAUUGCACCAGUAACUUUAAUUGAACCAAGUACAAUAUCUAACAUUAACCUAGAUAUUCAAGAAAACCCAACAAUUGCUGAAAAUAUAAAUUUAUGAUGAUUUCGGGAUGCGCUUGAAAUCUACGAUUACGACGUAGAAACCACAACACUAUCUGCAGCAUAAUAUGAUGUAGCUAUGGCCAAAUUAAGAAGCCAGAAGGAGUAUUCUGCAAAUCCAUCAUCAUACAAUAAACAUUUAAAUACCCUUUCCCCAGGACACUUUCUUAUUGGACGCCCAUUAACCUCAGUGCCUUCUAAAGGUCUUGGUGAAUUCAAAUUUAGUCACUUACAAAGGUACCAGAGAAUUGAGCAAUUAAGGCAGCACUUUCGGAGACGAUGGCGGAAUUACAACAGCGCACUAAAUGGAGAGAGAACUCUGCCAAUCUUAAUAUUGGGGACCUAGUGCUGAUAGCCGAGCACAAUACUGCUCCUCUCUGCUGGAAGUUAGGUCGAGUGCAGCGGCUGAGAAAUAGGCUUAGAUGGAGUGUCCAGAAAGUUUCCGAUACUAGAAGAAUAAAUAAAGAAUGUUGAAAGAGUUUCAACGGCCGGGAGUAUGUUGCGACAUUGCGCAAGUUUUAUAUCAGGCGCAUUUUAAAAUUAUAAUUGUAAGGCGGGGCGACGUGCGCCAAAAAGCUGAAACCUCCAGGAAUUAAAUCGGUUAUUCAAGGCUCAAGUCAACUGUAGUUUCCAGUAUUUAUAUUAAAUAAUAAGGAUAAUAUGGAUCUUAGAAAUAAAUAAAACAAAUUAAUAUUUUUUUAUUUAUUUGCUCAACAGUAUCCAACAAUUACAUUGUACACAAAAGCAAAAAACGGAAUACACAUUCAAACAUAAAGCACAGUAUAUAUGUAUUUAUAAUAGGGAUGCAUCCGAUACCGAUAUAUCGGCGAUACUUUGGGUUUUCUGAUAUAUCGGUAUCGGCUAUAUUUUAAUUGCCGAUACAACGAUACUUUUCAAAUUUCGCGCUUUAAAAAAAGUAAUAUAAACGCGCAUCUUGUUUGAUCUGGGGCGUGGGAACCGAGGCACGGACUAUCUAUGCCCCUCACACCCGCUUAGUCCCCGCGUAUUCCAUUUCGCUAGACACUUUAGUUGGUUUUUAACUGCUAUCGCGCGUAGUAUUUUUUCAAUACCAAAUUAAAUACAAUACAGAAUUACAAAAAUCCUAUCAAUGUUAAUUUUAAUUAUUAACAGUUAUUUAUUUUAUUUUAAUUUAUCUAUUACUCUUAAUUCUUAAUUUUAUUUACUAAACCUUUAAUCUUAUUCAAAGUUUGUGACUGUUUAUAUUUUAUAAUAAUAAUUAAAAACUUUAACCAAACUUGAUAUAUUUUACCUUAAUUUAAUUUGAAUUCAAUAAGUAUCGGUAUCGGAAUCGGCGAUAUUUCUAUAAGAGUAUCGGUAUCGUAUCGGCAAAAAGGCGUAUCGAUGCAUCCCUAAUUUAUAAUAUAUAUUUAAUAUAAAGGAAGAAUAAAAAAUAUAUCAGAGUUUUUUAUCUAUCCAUUUUCUAUCUAUUAUUAGAAAUAAAUAUUUGGAAAUGUAAGGUUGAGCUUAGUCACCUAUUAUGUUUAUGUUAAUAUGUAUAAAAUGUAAUAAUAAAUGAAAUGUAAGUAAUUGUGUUUAAAGUUAUAAAACUGAUUUAAUUAUAAAGUGACUAAUUUAUUAUUUUUCCAUCCACUUCACACAUUGCAUCAAUCGGAAAAGAGUCUGAUGGUACAAGGCCUGUGUCCCGCUCUACAGCUGGGGUUCCUGCUAGCCUCAAUACUAGGGAGAAAAGUAAAGAAAAAUAUUAGCAUCAGAGUGAUAAUACAUGUCUUGUUAAUGAUAAUAUCUAUUUAAGACUUUCUUAAGGUAUUGUGUCAAAUUGUAAUUAGGGUUAGGGUUGAAGGACUCCUUUCUCCGCAAUUAGACUCGAGGUUGGUCCGUUGUGCGUA